AUGGCUACCGAUUCAAACGCACAGAACUCUCCCAGCCCGGGGACUACCGGGCAACCUUAUAGCAUCUUUGACAAACGGCAGAAAGCGUUGAUCGUUCUAAUUGUUUCCGUUGCCGCCACAUUCUCUGGAUUCGCUUCCAACAUCUACUUUCCCGCCCUCCCUACCAUCGCGCACGAUCUCGAUACCUCGAUAGAGCUCAUCAACCUCACCGUCACCUCAUACCUCAUCUUCCAAGGCAUCGCACCUAGUUUCUGGGGUCCAAUCUCGGAUGUCAAAGGGCGUCGAGUCGCAUACUGCUGCACAUUCAUCGUCUUCUUAGGCGCCUGUAUUGGACUGGCAGAGGCAAAGAACUAUGCAACCUUGCUCGUUCUACGAUGCCUCCAGAGCACAGGCAGCGCCAGCACCAUCGCCAUUGGAUCCGGGGUGAUUGGAGACAUUACCACACGUUCUGAGCGAGGAGGUCUCAUGGGUAUCUUUCAAGCUGGGCUACUCAUGCCAGUUGCAGUCGGUCCUGUUAUUGGCGGAUUGCUGGCUGGAUCCCUUGGUUGGAGGUCCAUCUUUUGGUUCCUGGCCAUUUAUAGCGGUGUCUUUCUGGUCUUUUUGGCACUUUUGCUCCCCGAGACACUGAGAGCAAUCGUUGGCAAUGGCAGUCAAACACCCUCAAACCCAAUGAUCAAGUUCCCCCUGGCUGUAUAUCAGAGGACUACCAAGACACAUUGGGAUCUGGUGCCCCAAGAACCAACACCAAGAAAGCACAUCGACAUCACUGGCCCUAUCCGGAUCCUCAUCAGCAAGCACGCAGCUCCUAUCAUUCUCUUCCUCGCCAUCUACUAUGCCGUCUGGCAAAUGAGCAUCACCGCCAUGUCCACUCUAUUCGAGACGAAAUACGGCCUUGGAGAGACUGAAGUCGGCUUGACCUUUAUCGCCAACGGGGUAGGCUCCAUCAUUGGGACUCUGAUCACUGGAAAGAUCCUCGAUAUCGAUUACCGUCGCGUAAAAACCCAACAUGACUCUUCGGUUACCGACCCCGAGGCCAGCCAAUCCGAGUUUCCUCUCGAAAAAGCACGCCUUCGCCUCGUACCUCUUUUCUCCCUCCUCCAAUGUCUAUCCAUCAUCCUCUUCGGCUGGGCCAUUCACUACCCUCACAAAGUCCACAUCGCCGUCCCUAUUAUAUCUACCUUCAUCACAGGUUGGACGGCGGUCUCAACACAGUCCGUAGUCAUGACCUAUCUCGUCGACGUCUUCCACGACCGCAGCGCCGCCGCGAGUGCAAGUCUCAACCUCGCAAGGUGCCUUUUUGCCGCAGGUGGUACUAGUUUCGUCAUGCCAAUGAUCAAUGGCAUUGGAGUUGGACCAGCGUUCACAGUGUGUGUUGCUGUGCAGGUUGUGGGGUUGUUGAGCUUGGGUAUACAGUUCAGAUAUGGCAGCAAAUGGAGGAGAGAGUCAGAACUGUCAGAGGCCGACCGGGUAAAGAAUUCCAGGUGA